GAAGGCGAUUUCCUUUACUCUCUCUCUCUCUCUCUCCAAUUCUCUGUCUUCAACUCUCUUGACUGUCGAGUGGAGAGGUAUUCAUAGAAACAAACCCUACUCUCUCUCUCUCUCUGCGCUGAAGACCGCCAUAGCCACCAUGAAGAUAAAGCACAAAGGCAAAAUCUACCCAUCUCCCUCUUCCUCCUCCUCGUCUUCGGCCUCUAUGUCAUCUCCCUGCAGCAGAGAUGUCCUCUCUGUCAUGAAGCUCCUCCCUGCAGCCAUCCUAGCCCUAGCCUCCGUCCUCUCCCUCGAGGACCGGGAUGUCCUGGCCUACAUGAUCAUGAGGUCCCUCAACAGCAGCAACAUGUCGUCGCUCAGCUCCGAGAACUCAAAGGGCAGCAAGAGGAGCUCCAAGAAACAGCCCAGCGGUGGAGGUGGAGCAGCUGGAGGUGUAGGUGGUGGGACGCACAAGCCGCCGGUUUUUGGGUGCGAUUGCUUCGACUGCUACACCAGCUACUGGCUUCGCUGGGACUCAUCCCCCAACCGCGAGCUGGAGUCUGAUGCUGUUUCCAUUUCCACUGCUGUGGAUGAACUCCGUGCUGUUGUUGUUUCAACGGAGAACGAGGCGGCCGUGCCAGUGACUUCUCCGGAGGAGGAGGUAGAGGUGGAACCGGCAGCCGCGCCCGAGGCAACCGAGGGCAUGGGCCGCGGUGGGUCGCCGGAGCUGGGGGUGGUCGCGGUAGCGGGGUCGACAGGAGGCAGCCACCACAAGGGCCUGGCGAGGAAGGUGCUGCCGGACGUGUUGGGGUUGUUGAAUUCCCGUUUAUGGAACCUUUGGGGUCCGAAUGUGUAGUAAAAAAAAAAAUCAAAUCAUUUUACCUUCUUUUUUCUUUUCUUUUUUUGGCUUCUUUUUAAUUUUUUUGGGGGGGUUGGUUCCUUCUCUCUUUCCUUCUUUAUUUAAGUUCGUUCUCGAGCCAAGCGAAAAAUGAUAUAUCGUUAUGAUAUUUUUUUUUUCUUUUUUUGAAUUUAUUGUCUCGUCUCGUCUCGUCUCUGGUCAGUAAUUAAUAUUCCGCUGCUGCCUUGGAAUUUAA